UAGGUGAAAUAAACGUUUUGAAAAAAAAAAAAAAUAGUAUUUUUUGGUUUAAAUAAUGUCAGAUCCAAUUUUAAUUGAGGUAAAAGAAAAGAAAAUCGUACGGAGAGCUCCAAUAAGACGGAAGAGAGUUGGUGCCCAGUCGAACGCACACGAACGAAUGAAGAUUUGCUUUUGUACGGAUUUGGACAAAUCAGUCCUAGUGAAUAAUUUUGAGAAGCGAGGAUGGACUCAAGUUGGAGCUGACGAUGAUUGGAACUUCUAUUGGGCUGGAGUGCAGAGCUGUAGGAAUAUUUUUAGUGUCGAUAGUGGUUAUCGAAUGCAUGAUAAUCAAAUUAUCAACCACUUUCCAAAUCACUAUGAACUAUCGAGAAAGGAUUUAUUGGUAAAAAAUAUCAAAAGAUAUCGAAAGGACCUUGAACGUGAUGGCAAUCUGUUAGCAGAGAAAGCUGAAUCAAAUCAAUAUGGUGGAGCUAGAUACUUGUAUCUGGAUUUUAUUCCAGUGACUUUUGUACUUCCAGCUGAUUACAAUAUGUUCGUUGAAGAAUACCGAAAGAAUCCUCAAAGUACUUGGAUUAUGAAACCAUGUGGCAAAUCACAAGGUGCUGGGAUAUUUCUCAUCAAUAAGUUAUCAAAAUUAAAGAAAUGGUCUCGAGAAGCAAAAGGACCUUUUCAUCCACAAAUUGGCAAAGAAAGUUAUGUUAUUUCGAGGUAUAUUGACAAUCCUUUGUUGAUUGGUGGAAAGAAAUUCGAUCUACGUCUUUAUGUGUUGGUUACAUCGUUUCGUCCUUUGAAGGCAUAUUUGUUUAAGCAGGGUUUUUGUCGAUUUUGUACAGUGAAGUAUGAUACAAGUGUAACGGAGUUGGACAAUAUGUACGUUCAUUUGACCAAUGUCAGUGUUCAGAAGCAUGGGGGUGAAUACAAUAAUCUUCAUGGCGGCAAAUGGUCAGUACAAAAUCUUGGUCUCUAUUUGGAAGGAACUCGCGGCAAAGAAGUUACCGAUCGUUUAUUUGGUGCCAUUUCAUGGCUAAUUGUACAUUCGUUACGUGCAGUUGCUCCAGUUAUGGCAAGUGAUCGACAUUGUUUCGAAUGCUAUGGCUAUGACAUCAUAAUCGAUAACAAUUUAAAACCAUGGCUAGUUGAGGUUAAUGCAUCACCAUCUCUAACAUCAACAACAGUUACGGAUCGUAUUUUGAAAUACAAGUUGAUUGAUAAUAUGCUGUCAGUUGUUUUGCCACCAGAUGGUGUGCCAGAUGUUCGUUGGAAUAAAAUCCCCUCACCAGAUGCAUUGGGUAAUUUUGAACUUUUAAUCGAUGAAGAAUUGGCAGCUCAAGAGGAAUCACAAAAUAAUAAUGCAACAAAUAGCAAAGGAAAAUCACAAGGAAAUCGAUGGAAGUAGAUUUAAAAGAAAAAAAUUGAUUUCUUUCAAUCAAAUAAAAAUAAUUCACAUACUAAACAAAAGAGC